CAGUGUGCGCGGUGUAGGAUGUGCGUGACCAGUGAUUGCAAAUCGUCAGUGUUCGCACCGCGGAGCUGAACCAGACAUCUUGUUAAGUUGAAUUUAGCGGCGUGGUCGACCGUGGGUGUCGAGUCGCGGUGCGUCGUGGUGGUUACGGUGGUGUCUCAGUCGUGUCAAAAAACGACUUGUGCCCGUCGUGCCCAAACCCGUAUCCUUUUCCCCCUUUCCUAAGGCUACAAUAUUACGUUUAAACUGGGCAUCAUUCCCAAACACUGGAUAUACAAAUCAACAUAACUUUAAAAAACAAUAAUCAUAAUAAAUAGAACAACACAACAUAUAGACAUGAGUGUGUUACAUUCUAAGCGCAAUCGCUAGAAAUUUUAUCCAACAUUAUAUGUGUUCAUAAAAAAAAAAAAAAAAAUUAAAUAAUACAAAACUGUUCGUGGUGAAAAAUAAUAAUAAUUGUGACAAAAUCAAAAAAAGAAAAAGGAAAAAAAUAUUGAAAAAAAAAAAAAAAUCAAACAAAAGUGUAAUACAAUAGUGCGUUUAAAAUAGUUUUAAUAAUUAUUUUUGACAAGUGUAUAAAAAAGGCUUUAAAAUAGAAGAAGAAAACAAGGUGUGCGGCCGUGUCCCUGCCGCCGAAGCCGACACAAACUACGAACGGACACCAGUCAACAUGACCUCGAAUAAUUCACCGAAGCUUUCGACCACGGAACGUGUCAUCAAAAGUGUGGCAUUUCCACCGUCACAUAAGCUGACUGUGACAGAGGUGUUUGAUGCAAGGACAGGUCGACCACGACCUGAUGUUCUCAAACAUCAUUUCAUUCUCGAGGGUAGAAUUGAUGAAGCAGCAGCAUUGCGCAUUGUCAAUGAUGGUGCUGCACUUCUUCGUUCAGAAAAAACCAUGAUAGACAUUGAAGCACCAGUUACUGUAUGUGGAGAUAUUCAUGGACAAUUUUAUGAUCUCAUGAAAUUAUUUGAAGUUGGUGGACCUCCUUCGACGACAAAAUACCUAUUUCUUGGUGAUUAUGUAGACAGAGGCUACUUCAGUAUCGAGUGCGUCUUGUACCUGUGGGCAUUGAAAUUAUGCCAUCCUACCACACUCUUCCUACUCAGGGGCAACCAUGAGUGCAGACAUCUCACAGAAUAUUUCACAUUUAAGCAAGAAUGUAAAAUUAAAUAUUCAGAAAGAGUUUAUGAUGCUUGUAUGGAUGCUUUUGAUUGCUUACCACUUGCUGCCCUUAUGAAUCAACAAUUUCUCUGUGUUCAUGGUGGUCUUUCACCUGAAAUUCAUCAUUUGGAAGACAUACGAAAGUUGGACAGGUUCAAAGAACCACCAGCAUUUGGACCAAUGUGUGAUUUACUUUGGUCAGAUCCACUUGAAGAUUUUGGUAAUGAAAAAAAUGCUGAGCAUUUUUCUCAUAAUAGUGUCAGAGGUUGUUCAUACUUUUACAGCUAUGCAGCAUGUUGUGAUUUUUUGCAAAACAACAGUCUUUUGAGCAUAAUUAGAGCACAUGAAGCACAAGAUGCUGGCUAUCGUAUGUAUCGUAAAUCCCAAACGACGGGCUUCCCAUCGCUCAUCACAAUAUUCAGUGCACCAAAUUACCUCGAUGUGUACAACAAUAAGGCGGCUGUGCUAAAGUAUGAGAACAAUGUGAUGAACAUUAGACAAUUCAAUUGCUCUCCCCAUCCAUAUUGGUUGCCAAACUUUAUGGAUGUUUUCACGUGGUCCUUGCCAUUUGUCGGAGAAAAAGUUACGGAGAUGCUGGUUAAUGUACUGAACAUUUGCUCUGAUGACGAACUCAUGAGUGACGGAGAUGAUGCUCUUGAAGAAGAUGUCGCAGCCAAAAUCGUUGUCAAAAAAAAUAAUGGUGCAGCAGCGAAUCUUCGCAAGGAGGUCAUCAGAAACAAGAUCAGAGCAAUUGGUAAAAUGGCACGAGUAUUUUCAGUUCUCAGGGAAGAGAGUGAAAGUGUCUUGCAGCUCAAGGGUCUUACACCAACGGGUGCUUUGCCACUUGGAGCAUUAUCCGGUGGAAAAACAUCACUAAAAAAUGCUCUACAAGGCUUUUCACCAAAUCAUAAAAUUACAUCAUUUGCUGAAGCAAAAGGUCUUGAUGCAAUUAAUGAAAGAAUGCCACCAAGAAAAGAUGCACCACCAACACCAGUUAAUGAGGAAAAACCAGUUAUUAAAACACCAACAACAACAACUGGUGAUAAACGUGAAACAAACACAACUCCACAACCUCAUUCGUGAUAAGUUGAGGAACUUUUUUCUCGUGUUAAUCACCAAAAACAUUGUUAACCAUUGCUCGACAUCCCCUCCCUGAAUUUUCGAUUAACGAUUAAAAAAAUAAUAAUAAUAUUAAAACAAAAAAAAAAACGAUAAAUUUAAAACUAAAUACAAAAAAAAAAAAAACAUUAUAAUGCGAGAUCUGUGCAAUAGCUCUCUCAAUUUAAAUUAUUAUUAUAAUUAUGUUUUUUUUUGUUAAUUUUUAUUUGUUUUUCUGAGCCCCAUCGGUGCAAUUUUCUUUUUCUAUAUUAUGUAAUUAAUUCAACUACGAAAAAAUACAUUGUUUAUUAUAAUUUUGUUUCUUAUAUAUUUUUUUUUUUUCUUUUAUUUUGAUUUAUUAAUUAAUAAAAUGAUUUUCUCUUGCCGAUGGAUUGACUGUCGUAUUUUUUUAUUAUUUUUAUUUCCUUGGUAAACCAUUAGUACUGUUAAAAUAUAUGAAAAAUUAUUAAUAAAAUUAUGUGAGGGAUGAUAAGUUUUGAAAGAAUGAUUAAAUAAAAAAAUACAGUGUUGAUGAUUUUUUUUUUUUUGUGAACAGCAUAGUUAAUUUAAAGAAUGAUAAAUAAAUAUUGUUGAUGAAGGAUCGAUUGAGAUCUAGUCAAUCUAGUCCAUGAAAAAAUAAAAUAUCUCAUAUUGCAAUUUGAAUCUCAGGUUGGUUUUUUUUCAGUUUCUGUUUUUUUCAUAGACAGUUGCUCAUUUUGUUUAUUGUUAUUUUCAAUUGUUUAUUAAUUAUUGUAUUUUGUUAUUUUUAUUUCAAAUAUUGCUUAUCAUCUCGAGCCUCCAGUUGGCAUAAAAAAUAACAUGAAAAAGAUAAUUUUAUUUCAAUAAAUCUUGCUGUUAAGAAAAAUAUGUUUAACAAAAAAAAAUUGUGUGUGAGGAUUAAUUAAAUAGAAUAAGCCAUAAAACAGAGCCUCGUUCCUGAAAUUGAUUUCAUUAUGUUCUUUUUUUUUUUUU